GCACAGGAUAUGACGUUUGAGGAGCGACGUUAAAAAUGGCAGUAUUGGCGUCCUUGAUGCUCAGGUCCAGAACAGGUCUGUUGUGUUCCAGUCCAGCUUCCCUGGUGGACUCAGUGAGGUUUGCAUCGAAGAAGUCUGCUGGCAGCAGCAAAAAUGUUGGAGGGCACAGCCCCGGCCGGAGGUUUGGCUUCAAGAAACAAGAUGGUAACUUUGUACACGCUGGAAACAUCCUCGCAACUCAGAGGCAAUUGAGAUUUCACCCUGGAGCUCACGUGGGCAUGGGUUCCAACAACACACUCUACGCUUUGGAGGACGGGCAUGUCAAGUUCACUAAGGAGGUCUACAUCCCACCACCUCGCAGCCCUGAGGUCUUCCGCAUCAUCUGCAAGCUGCCCAGAAGAGCUGUGCUCUACAAGACGUUCAUCAGCGUGCUGCCCAUCAAACAGGACGGCAAAUUCAAACUGGUGGAAAUGGUCUGAAAGAUCACCAAGAUGUGGUCUGAAGCCAGACUGCUGCUGUCAGAUCUGAGUGAAGGCAAACACAUGACCCCCUGCCUCUGACUGCACUUCCCUUCAGUCCUCAUUUUCACUUAUGACCCCCCCCCCCCCCACGCCAUUGUUAGUUGGAGUUUUAAUAAAGUUUUGUUUCAUUUGAGUUAAAUUCUCUUUCAUAUCAGCAGUUUGAGGACUUUAUUUCAUACUGUCCCAGUUAAAACAAAGCUGUUGGUCAGGAAAAUGUCCAGUAGCUGCUUCACACAGGAAGUCCCAUCAUAUGAAACUGUUUAUUAUUUUAUUUUAAAGUUUGCUGCAUGAACAUUUUUACAUUGAACAAGUUUGAUUUGUUCCCUGAGGUGCCUCUGCCAUUAGUGGUCAUCAUACUGGUUUUGUUCUGGUUCAUAUUAAGAUUUAUUUCACAACUCAUUUAGUCAUUCUGCCACAAAUCUGUCAUGAUGGCUUCGUAUUAAAAGGUCACCAU